CGAUUUUUCAGGCGUCGAUCGUGGUUAGUGCGCCACCAAGCUCCAAAGCGUCCAGAUGGGUAUCGGUUCCAAAAUCAGGGCCUGCGUCGGCCUACUCUGCAUGCUCCUCCUCCUCCCGCUGACAGCGUCCCAGGCCCAACAGCAGCAGACACCACAAGCUCGAGCGGUCGGAGUGACCCAGUGGAGCGACGAUGAGGCUCAUUUCAACCGUACUCUGGACUCCAUUUUGGUGCCACGCGUCGUCGGUAGCCCCGGGCAUCAGCAGGUGCGCGACUACCUGGUCCAAUCACUCAAUGGCCUUGGCUUCCAGACGGAAGUGGAUGAGUUCAAGCAGCGCGUUCCAGUUUUCGGCGAGCUAACGUUCUCCAAUGUCGUGGGCACAAUCAAUCCGCAGGCCCAGAACUUCUUGGCCCUGGCCUGCCACUAUGACAGCAAGUAUUUCCCCAAUGAUCCUGCAUUCCUGGGCGCCACCGACUCUGCAGUGCCGUGUGCCAUACUCUUGAACACCGCCAAGACCUUGAGUGGGUAUUUGCAGAAAGAGUUUCGCAAUCGCAACGAUGUGGGAUUAAUGCUUAUCUUCUUUGAUGGCGAAGAGGCCUUCAAGGACUGGACCGACGCUGAUUCCGUUUAUGGCUCAAAGCAUCUGGCUAAGAAGCUAACUCAAGUGGUUCGUAAAGAUCCUGCCAGUCAGUUCCAACAGGCUCCCAGGAAUAUUGAUAGAAUAGAAGUGUUGGUGCUGCUGGAUCUAAUCGGUGCUCGCAAUCCAAAGUUCUCAAGCUUUUACGAGAACACCCAUGGCCUGCACACCAGUCUGGUGCAGAUUGAGAAAUCCCUGCGGUCUGCUGGUCAGCUGGAGGGCAAUAAUAACAUGUUCUUAAAUCGAGUUAGUGGUGGUCUAGUCGAUGAUGAUCAUCGUCCGUUCCUGGAGGAGAACGUUCCUAUACUGCAUUUGGUGGCCACUCCCUUCCCGGAUGUAUGGCACACACCGCGCGAUAAUGCAGCCAAUCUGCACUGGCCUUCAAUAAGGAACUUUAAUCGGGUUUUCCGUAAAUUUGUGUACCAGUAUCUGAAGAGACACACUUCACCCGUCAAUUUGCGUUUUUACCGAACAUAGUUUUGCGUUUGUCUUAUGGCUAAGAUUUAUUAAGCAUAAGUGUAAAGUGUUUUUUCUGUUAAUUAAAAAAGGGUGUCCUAA